AGAUGGACUAGAGGGAGGGCUCUUCUUCUUCAGGCUAGAAACCCUAUGUGUUGUACAUCAGCCCUUCUACGGGAUCCUGGAGGGCUAUCCUCUCCCUUCUCACCCUCCUUGUAUGCUCUUUUCAGAAUUUUGAGGUUCAGUUCCCCCCCUCAAAAUAAUCAAUGCUGCCCCCCAAACCUUCAGGGCGGUACUAUUUGCUCUUUCAUUAUAUUGUAGGGCAUUUUAGUGUCCCCCCAUCACUUGUUUCAGGUCUGUAUGGACCUUUUUCCAACCAGAAAGUGACUAGGUGGAAUUUACGUAAUUCCCACUGAGUGGGUACAGGUAAUGUCACACCCUAAAUGUCUCACAUGAAAACCUGUUAGAGUUGAAUUUUAUUGCUGUGCUAAGCAUUCAAGACAGAUGUGUGUGUAGGAGAGAAGGAGUUGUGGUAGUGCAAAAUGUGCAGUCCAUCCGAGGCUUAUUUGUAAGUGUGAGAGCACACCUUAUUGGAGUCUUGAACAAGUAAAAGAAAUUACAUUUAAUUGUGGGCAGGUUACCUUGGUUAAAAGAGGGAGGAAUGUGAUAAGAUAAUGUUGCUCAACUGGCUGAGAUAGGAAGGAGGGGAACUGAAGGUAAUGUUACUCAUUUUAGGGGUGUGUAGGAGUGAGACCUAUAGCUUGCCUCAUUUUUCUUUUCAUGUUGUAGUCUACCUCAGUGGACUUUCAACUUCAAGCUUUCUAUGCUACAAUACUAUGAAAGGCUACAAUCGUGUUCUGUAUCCAUAGGUUCUGCAUCAACAGAUUCGACCAUCCACGUCUUACAAAUAUUAUAUUAAAAGCAACAAUCCAAAAAUCAACCCUUGAUUUUGCCUUUUAUAUAAGGGACACCAUUUUACUAUGUCCUUGUAUAUAAAGGAACUUAAGCAUUCACGGAUUUUGGUAUUCACAGGGGAUCCUGGAAACCAAACCCCAGCAGAUACCCAGGGCCCACUGCAUUUUGAUUAGACCGCAUCUGACUACACUUUUACAUUGUUCCACUGUCAUCUGUUCCUAUCAUAUUAUAUUCUCCAAUGCUCUUUACUGUGUUUUAAUAUGAUUACUGUGUGAUUUAAUAUGGUAUUUUAAUCUGGUUGAAAAAGUAAUAUAAGUAAGACUCUUGCUUCUAUCAUCAGUACACACACAACUACAAAAAGAAGGAAAUUCACACACUUCCUUUACACAUAUUCUUAUUGGUCACUUCUAAAAAAAUUCAUUUGGAAAAUGAAAAGUUGAAUUUUCAGCAUGGUAAAUAUAUUUUUAUUUUGUGAUAAAUACAUCUUGAAAAAAACUUACAAGUAUUUAUUUUAAAGUGACAUGGGACUAUUGCAGGGAAGUUUAUUUAUUCUGACAAAACAGAGAUUUCUACAAGUGCAUAUCACAUCCCUGACUGGACAUUGCUCUAGACUCACUGGCUACCUUUGGCAAACAAAUCAUUACUCAGAAACAUCCUCCCUAUCUUAAAUAACGUAGCUAUAGUAAUGGCCUGUCCUCCAGGUUAUUUUAACUCUUACUAUCGAUGAUGUUUGUAAAGUGCCUGAGCAUUUGGAAGAAAAAUGCUAUAUAGUAAAUAUAAAACAUUAUUAUAUCCACCCAUUAAUCUGCAUUUCAUGACAAAAGAUGGGACAAUAUUUUACAGUGCAUUCCUUGUUAGUCCCCAUUAAAGGAGACCCCUUGAGUCCAUGAACUAUGCAUAAGUGUUGACUGAACAAGUUCCCAUUAUUUCAAUAGAUCUGUUCUAAUUGGUAUUAAUUUCUGAAUUCAGUGAAUAUGUGCUGACGAUUCAGCUGUAGGGUAUGUUCAGCUGUGCAAAGAUAAGGUUUUUGCACUAUUAAAGCUUGUCAUAUGUUAGAAUUGAAAUGUCACAUGAGAGAGUCUUAUACAACUAUGGAAACAGAGAUUUUAUGUUUAAAAUCUCACAUAAUAAUUGGAUCCUGACUUUUCCUAAUGCAUCUUAAGGCAUUUUACACUUUCACUAAAGUAUGUUUCAACUGUACAUGUUUUAUGUGACAUGUCAGAUAUGUACAUGUGAAUGGGUCGGCUGAACAAAAAAGUCUAGGGGAAAAAGGAGCAAUGAUCAAAAAGUAGCAAAAGUUUUAUUGGAAGCAAGCUAGAAGAAUGGGAUAAAAAAAUGGGAGGGAUAGGUAAAAUAUAGUCAAUCCUACAGACAGACAAAAAUGCUGUGGUCUGUAUGCAGAGCCCAAAGAUAAAAUCACAAGCUUAUGAGACAAAUGAAUAAAAAAGCUGAUGUAACCAAUAUGUACUAGGCUAUGGAACUAUGAAUCCAAACCAAUAAAUCGAGUAUAUGGAGAUGUCAUACAUAUGAAAUACAAAUACAAACGAAGUUUUCAACACCUCCAAGGAAACAGAUGGGAGGGAUAACAUAGCAAGCCCAUUACAAGUGAUGAAUUGAUAAAAUAGGAUCAAACGCAUUUCGACAUAAAGUCUUCGUCAGUGGUCAGGAUUGGCUGUUAUUACAGCAUAGAAGAUAUAGCAAUAUAUGUGGAUACAUCCAGUGAAAGUAAGUAGUUAGUUGUCCAAUAUGGACAGUAACCUGGAUGCCCCACAGAUGAAUAAGGUGUGAAUGUGAAUGGGUCGCCUUAGGAUUGCUAUAAGUCAGAAACAAUGUCAAGGCACACAACAACAAACCACAAGCAUCACAAAUAUAUACAUUUCUUCAUGUAAAUGUGCUUUGCAGUUGCCCCAAGAAGUGCAGAACAGGCUAUUUCAAUGAGAAUUUCAGUCAGUAAGCAGCUAAAUUCUUUUCCAUCCCCAUUAGAAUUCCCAAUUGAUGGGGAAAAGCCAUAGGAGGGAGUGACUACCUUCAUGUUCUGCUUGCAAGCUUUUCAUAAACAUCUGGUUUCCUGUUCUGGGAAUCAGAAUGCUUUUGGUCUGAUGUAACUGGGAAAUUCUUAUGUUCUUAUCUGAAUGAACCAUUGUAAGCCACAGAACUCCACCUUUUCUAUAUCUUCUUUUGGCAUUGCCAUAAGGAGGAGACCAUGUGUUUCUGCUCCUGUUGGUUUAACUGCUUUUUUUAAAAAAAAUCUUUAUUGAAGUUUACAAUAUUUACAUAUUUCUAUAUUCUUAUUACAUAGAUUCAACUAUAAUUACCCCCUCCCCCCUGAUUGAUUUCAGUAAAUACUUCUUAACAGCUAAUCAGAUAUAUUCCUCUCUCAAUCGAGAUCUCUUUGUUACUACGAUCCUUCCUCUCACACUGUUUGUGCGUGUAUGUAUUUUUCUCCUCUUGAAUACCAACAUAGAGAUUGCACCUUUCUGCAAAGCUUUCUUCUUUAUUCCAUAGCCAGACUGCUAUAUUAAACUAUUUACUACUUUAUAUGGAAAAUAAAAUAUUAUAGAUUGAGAUUACACUUAAUAUUGUAUUUAUGUUGACCAUCUGUCUUUACAGAACUUUAUCAAUGGGUCCCAUGUUUCUUUUGACUCUUCGUUUUUCCCUUUUAAGGCCAUUGUGAUCCUCUCCAUUUCUACUAUUUCCAAUCAUUCAUUUAACCAUGUAUCUAUUGUGGGAACUUCUGAAUGUUUCCAAACCUUUGCCAGUGACAUCCUUGCUGUUGUUAUCAAGUACAAAAUAGGUUUUAGAUUUUGUCUAAUUUCUUUGUUGUCUGCCAUAUUCAGCAAAAAAUAACUCAGGUUCCAAUUUCAUUUCAAUUUGAUACAUUUUUUGUAUAAUUUCUCUAAUCUUAUACCAAUAAUUUUGCACCUUAGGACAGGUCCACCACAUAUAAAAGAAGGAGCCGACACUACCGUUACAUCUCCAACAUGUGCUCAUACAGUUUCUGUGAAUUUUACUUAAUCUGGAAGGGGUCAGAUACCACCUGUGGAUCAUCUUUAUCAAGUUUUCUUUUAUGUCCAUGCAUAAGGUUGCAUGUAAUUAAUGCUGACUUAGAUUUAUUUAUUUUGAAUCCCGCACAGUCCCCAAAGUCAUUGACCAAAUGGAGGACUUUUUCGGAAUUUACCAAAAGAUUUUCCAGUAUUAUAACCAAAUCAUCUGCAUAUUUAGCAUAGAUUCAACCAAUAUUAUAGGUUCCCCUGGGAGGUAGAGACUCAGAAAGGAGGAAUUUCAAGGAAGGUACAGAAGUCCUGUGGUUCCCUUCUUUGUCCCAAUCCUAACUUUGGUAAAGCAGCCUAGUUCAAUAACCUCAAAUGAUAUAUCAAGGACCAGCACCUCUGGAGAGUCUUCUCCAUUUACUUUAGCCAGUUUCCUCCUUCCUUCCUGAGUUGGCUUUCCUCAGCCUUCCUGUGCUAAACACCUGCUGCAUUUAUGUUUUUGUCACCCUCCACCACGGCUGAUCUCUCCAAUGCAGCAGCUGCUGGGCAGGGACGGAUGUGGCCAUUCCCAGCAGUCAGCCACAGUAACAUUAACACAUAAUUACCUCCUACAAUGUGAUUCCCUCAGAGAUAUAUGCCUCAGCAGUCAGACUCAUAAUUCAACUCUGUUAUCUUUCCAAAGACGCAUUAUAUUUCGCUUGAUAAAGUAAGCACCUUUAGUUUUCUGUAACCUUCUCCUUCAGUUCAAGUGGGGCUAGCUCUGUCAUAAGGUCUAUGUCAAGAAUUGGUUUAACUCCUCCCAGUAGGUCAGUGAACAAGACUUCUGUGUAGUAAACAGGCAACUUUAUUCCAGAAAACACCAAAGGUGUAAGCAGGAAGGCAUAUGAAGUCAGGAGCCAUAAACCACAACGAUUGGAAUAACCUUAACGGUACCUGCCCAUACAUUUUGCAGGCUUUUCCCUAAUUCACUUAACAACCAGAAUGUACCACCUCUUCACAGCAGCUUGUUCCACCCAGACACCAAUGCUGUACCAGGCUCUUCACCCUUAUCUGUUUUUCUUCUGCAACUAUGGGAAAAGCUCCCCCCUACACACCUGCAGAUUCCAACCUCAGAGACUAGACUCUUUGAAUCAGCUUCCCUUACAUGCCUUUAGUACUACAAUUCCCAUCAUUUCACUCUAGCAACUAUGUUGUUUCUUUUAUAACUAUACUAAUAUAAUACCCAUGAUGAACAUAUUUACAUAUGACAGAAAAUCCCAGAUUCUGACAGCCUAUUGAAGUGGACACCUCAAGUUGUGGGGUACUGUUAGGGGUUAAAACCAGCAAACUGAGAAAUGCUUAGACGUGUGUGUGACCAUGAGCAUCCAGCACCAGAAGGACAAGGCUGAUUAGCCACAGCUGAUGCUCAUAGGCACAAGGUCACUCUGCUUGCCUAUAUGCAGCAAAGCCUGGAUGAUGAAACAUAUGUCUGCAUGGACAGAAGGACACUUUACAGUGUGGGACAGGAAGUGACUGAGUUUGGGAGACCGCAUGGUCUGGAGUGGCUUCCAGUAAUUGCUUGUGGGUUUGAGUAGGAGUUGGUAUUUGUUUGAUCUAUAUAGUAGCAUUGGUGAUUUGUGGCUAGCUCUGUAAAUAAAGAUAGCACUUUUGGGAGCCUGGCUUCUCUGGACGUUUAUUUAGCUGGAGCCAGAGCAGCAGCGAUUGCUGGAGAGUUCCCAAGAUUCCUGCAAUUCCUUCACGUCUGGAAGACAUCCAGUGCCUGUCAUCUUCACUGAGGACUGUGAACCACGUUUCUGCAAAUUUGUCAACUACUCCGCUAUAUUCCAGACUUGGUUUAUAAGCCCAGCAGUUUUUCUGCCAAUAGUUAUUGGGCUCAGCAGUUUAUUGACAGGUACAUGCCCACAUUUUCCUCUCAGUGCUGCUACUAACUGGAGGGAUUAGUAGAGGAAGGCAGGCAGGUUGAUCUCAUGCUUCUCCCUACCCCCACAGCUAUAGUUAAUCUCAGCCCCUGCCUGCUGAUUUCUCUUUUCCUCCUGGGUGCAUUUUCACUAGGAAAGGGGGCCUCAGAUCUUCAGAGCUUUUCUACCUCUGCCCAAAAGAGGCAUUACUCUUUGCCAACCUCUUCCAUUGCCACACGAAGCAGAUUGCAAACUAGUAUCAGUGUUCUAAUGUAAAUUACUUCUAAACCAUUUCCACACCCAAAUAGUAUCUUGAGUACUCUGACUAUUUACAUUUAAGGUAGUUUUGGAACAAGGAUGUGCACAUUCAAAGAGAUGGGGUAAUUUGCAUUAAAUGCAAAAUAUCUACCAAGAUUGCUAUUGUGCCUUGAAGGUUUAAGAUUUCAGCACUGUUUAAGCAAUGCUAAAUGUCUGGCUUGACCCUCAAGUGAUUCAUCUUCAACAGGCAUAUUAUUAACCUCCUCCAUAACAUUCCCUAUCAGUUCACCCAUGCCUUGCCUAAUUUCAGCUGUGGAACUUGUUGCUGCCCUUCUUAUCUGGUGUAUUUAGGUGAAGAUAGAAGCAGUAAAUAUAUUUUAAAUAUAUACAGUGCACACAAUCCUCUAAAAUGGCUUAAUUGAAGUCCUUGUGCAAUCAUUCUACAGUUUCAUUGGCAAAAACACUAGCACACCUAUUCAGGCAACCAUAUUAAUAGUGGGUUACACUGCAGCAAUAAUUUGAACCAAGAAAGAUAAAAGAAGGACUUUCCAAAGCAGCAGUGAAUGACUUGAAAACGUACAUUAAGAGAACAGGAAUCACUGGGGGGGAUGAUGUUUACUCCAGUGUCUGUGAUCCUUCCUGCUACCUCUUGGCUGUGGCGCCAGGUCUCAUCUUGCUGGAAUAAUCUCACAGCAGUGUCCAUUUCUCUUACACUGCUUGCCUUUGCCCUGCUGCUGGAUUAUAAGAAAUGGAGGAAGAGAUCUAGUCGCUGUCCACCAGGACCUGCCCCUCUGCCUUUCAUUGGGAACUUACUUCUACUUGAUAGAAACAAUCCUGACAAAACUGCUCUUUAUCUGAAAAGACACUUUGGACCAGUCGUCUCUUUCCAGGCUGGAUGGAAAAAUUAUGUUUUAUUAAAUGGUUUCAAGAUCAUAAAGGAAGCCCUGGGACAAAAAGCUGAGGACUUUGUUGACCGGCCAUCAUUGCCACUGUUGUAUGUGAUAGGCCAUGCAAAGAAGUGUGAAGGAAUUUUCUUGGCAACAUGCAGCAACGGCUGGAGGGAACAGAGAAGGUUCUGUGUCUCUACGCUGAAAAACUUUGGGAUGGGGAAAAAAUCCCUUGAAAAAAGAAUAUCAGAGGAAGCUGGAUAUUUGUGUUCUGAGAUCAAAUCCAAAGAAGGUUCUCCUUUUGACCCACACAAUCUUAUCUACAGGGCAGUUGGCAAUAUUAUCUGUGGGCUAACAUUUGGUGCUCGCUUUGAAUACAGUGAUGAAACUUUCCUGAAACUAAUGCAUUUGACUAAUGAGCUCCUGAAGGGUCUAAUGAGAAUCCUGCCCCAGAUUAUGGCUGCAGGAUCGUGGUUCUCCUGUGUUCCUGGACCUCACCAUAAAGUUAAGAAAAUCUACGAUGAUUUUAGUUCUAUUGUAAAAGAGAUAGUGGAUGAACAUAAGAAAACCAGAGACCCCACUUUUCCAAGAGAUUUGAUUGAUGCAUUUUUGGAGGAAAUUGAAAAGGCUAAAGGAAAUCAAGAGAGCAGCUUUAAUGAACAAAACCUGUUUCAUCUUCUUUAUGAUUUAUUUGCGGCUGGCACAGAAACCACUUCUUCCACCCUACUCUGGGGAAUUCUCAAGCUGGUACUUCAUCCUGAGGUUCAGAGAGGAGUCCAUGAAGAAAUUGAUACAGUGAUUGGCAGAGUAAAAUCCCCUACAAUGGAGGACCAGUUGAAUCUGCCCUAUACUAGUGCUGUGAUUCAUGAAAUUCAGCGUUGUGCUGAUAUUGCACCUAUUUCAUUACCUUUUGUCACACACAAAGAUACUGAGCUUGCUGAUUUUGUUAUCCCUAAGGAGUCUGUAGUUGUCAACCAUUUAUCUUCAGUGCUGAAGGAUGAAACCAUGUGGGAGAAGCCACAUGAAUUUUAUCCAGAACACUUCCUGGAUACCAAUAGGCAACUUGUCAAGCGAGAGGCCUUCUUGCCUUUCUCUGCAGGCCGUCAUUCCUGUCCUGGAGAACAGAUGGCAAAAAUGGAACUUUUUAUCUUCUUCACCAGCCUUCUUCAGCAUUUCACUUUUCACAUUCCUGAAAACUCCCCCAGACCCACAGAGGAAAGAGAAUUUGCCAUUACAGUCACUCCUGCCCCCUUCCAAAUCUGUGCAAUUCCUAGAUAAUGACUUCCAUGGAUCUGCUACCCAGUCCAUCUUGGCCUUAGAGUUGACAGUACAAAAAAAUGCAGGCAAAAUGUUUUGGAAGAUAUUUAAUUGUGCAUUUCUUUACCGUUGAAUCUCUUUGUCCUGUGAAUAAAAUACAGCAUGGGAGUUUAUCACACAGAGGUUUUUGCAGCUUUUUGCAGCUCAGAUCCGACGUAACUGCGGGUCCAGUGUUGCGAAUUCAUGUGAUAAUGUGAUGUAUUAUCACAUGCGAUUCAU